UGCGUGUGGAUGGGCUGACAGGUAAUAUCCAGUUUGACCAGUAUGGUAAAAGAGUCAACUACUCCGUCAACGUGAUGGAACUGAAGAACACUGGACCAGUUAAGAUUGGCUACUGGAAUGAAGUGGACAAGAUGGUGGUGACUAAACUAGACAUCUUCCCCAACGACACUAAUGGGAUGGAGAACAAGACUGUUAUCGUCACAACUAUCCUGGAAGCCCCAUACGUGAUGCUAAAGAAGAAUGCUGAGUUGUUCCUAGACAAUGACCGUUACGAAGGCUACUGCGUCGACCUGGCAGCAGAGAUCGCUAAGCACUGUGGGAUACGCUACCAGCUAAGGAUUGUGGGAGAUGGAAAGUACGGAGCUCGAGACGCUGAAACCAAGAUCUGGAACGGGAUGGUUGGAGAGCUGGUGUACGGGAAAGCAGACAUAGCCGUAGCCCCUCUCACUAUCACCUUGGUCCGAGAGGAGGUGAUCGACUUCUCCAAGCCAUUCAUGUCUCUGGGCAUCUCCAUCAUGAUCAAGAAGCCCCAGAAGUCUAAACCAGGGGUUUUCUCCUUCCUGGACCCGCUGGCCUAUGAGAUCUGGAUGUGUAUAGUGUUUGCCUACAUCGGUGUGAGCGUGGUGCUGUUCCUGGUGAGCCGGUUCAGCCCGUAUGAAUGGCACAUGGAGGAGUAUGAGGAUGGCCAGCUGCCCACCAGCGAGUCCUCUAAUGAGUUUGGGAUCUUUAACUCUCUGUGGUUCUCUCUAGGAGCCUUUAUGCAGCAAGGCUGUGAUAUCUCCCCAAGGUCUCUAUCAGGACGUAUAGUGGGUGGUGUGUGGUGGUUCUUCACUCUAAUCAUCAUCUCGUCCUACACGGCCAACCUGGCUGCCUUCCUCACUGUGGAGAGGAUGGUUUCUCCUAUAGAGGGAGCAGAGGACCUGGCUAAACAGACAGAGAUCGCCUACGGGACCCUGGAUUCUGGCUCUACCAAGGAGUUCUUUAGGAGGUCGAAGAUAGCACUGUUUGACAAGAUGUGGCAGUACAUGAAGUCAGCAGAGCCGUCUCCGUUUGUGAAGAAGACAGCGGAGGGGGUGCUGAGAGUCAGGAAGUCCAAGGGGAAGUACGCGUACCUUCUGGAGUCCACCAUGAACGAGUACAUCGAGCAGAGGAAACCCUGCGACACCAUGAAGGUGGGAGGGAACCUGGACUCUAAAGGAUACGGCAUCGCAACGCCAAAGGGCUCCCCAUUAAGAGUGCCAGUAAACCUAGCGGUGUUGAAACUCAGUGAACAAGGAGUCUUAGACAAGCUAAAGAACAAGUGGUGGUACGAUAAAGGGGAAUGUGGAACCAAGGACUCAGGAAGUAAGGAGAAGACCAGUGCUCUGAGCCUCAGCAACGUAGCAGGUGUGUUCUAUAUCCUGGUUGGAGGGCUGGGUCUGGCCAUGCUGGUAGCCCUGGUGGAGUUCUGCUACAAGUCCCGGGCCGAGGCCAAGAGAAUGAAGAUGACAUUUACAGAUGCCAUGCGGAGUAAGGCCAGGCUGUCCAUCACGGGGUCCUCUGGGGAGAACGGGCGUGUUCUGACCCCUGACUUCUCUCACCCUCCUGACUUUCCCCGCGUCCCCUACCUCCGACCAGGACUACCCAUGAGCCUCAGCAUGACUGACCUCUCCUGACCACUCCCUCACAGUGCCUUACAGCCAAUCAGAUCACAGAGAGCUGCCGGCCAACUCCACAUCAACCCAUCACGUUUUUCAGAGGACUGGACUUCCUUCCCGCCCUCUUCUCUGAUUGGGCAGACAGCUCUGGGCUGGUGAUGUCAUCACUCUUCCCCUCUAAUCUCUCCCGGGAAGUGAAAACAACCAACCACGGCACACCUAUCCAUUUCCAUAGUGACCAGCUCUGAUUCAAGCACACGAGACUUCAGCUGCAUCAGACGCGAUUUUAUAAAGCAAGUUGAUCAACUUCACAGGGGAAAUAAUUAUAUUUUUUAAGUAUUUUCAAAAGCUUCCAUUUAGUAGAGUGAGUCAAUAUGAUCGCCUGUAUACUCCGACUUCACUACCGCUCUGUACAUAGGACUAGUUAUAACAAUAAUAAUAACAAUAAUGUUAUAUUAAUUAUAUGAAUAAUAACUAUAAUAAUGAUGAUAAUAAUGCUUGCUCUGAACCCUAACCCCUGUUUUCACUAGAGACAUAGUUUGACCUCUGAACCCUAACCCCUGUUUUCACUAGAGACAUAGUUUGACCUCUGAACCAUAACCCCUGUUUUCACUGGAGACCUAGUUUGACGUCUGAACCCUGACCCCUGUUUUCACUAAAAACCUAGUUUGACCCUAAAACAACAGAUGGCACUGAGGCCAGAAACUAAAAAUAGACAUAUAUGGCCCAUGAACAACAGACAUACUGUAUAUGGCCCAUGAACAACAGACAUACUGUAUAUGGCCCAUGAACAACAGACAUACUGUAUAUGGCCCAUGAACAACAGACAUACUGUAUAUGGCCCAUGAACAACAGACUUUGGUCUUUAUAUGGACAAAAGACAGUGCCAUAAUAGAGUACCAAUGCCAAGUACAGGAGAGUGCCAAAAGAGGGACUUGAACCAAUGAGCUGGUUCAGCCAAAAGAGGGACUUGAACCAAUAAGCUGGUUCAGCCAAAAGAGGGACUUGAACCAAUAAGCUGGUUCAGCCAAAAGGACGAGAACCAAUAAGCGGGUUCAGCCAAAAGGACUUGAACCAAUAAGCUGGUUCAGCCAAAAGAGGGACUUGAACCAAUAAGCUGGUUCAGCCAAAAGGACAACAACCAAUGAGCUGGUUCAGCCAAAAGGACGAGAACCAAUAAGCUGGUUCAGCCAAAAGGAUGAGAACCAAUAAGCGGGUUCAGCCAAAAGGAUGAGAACCAAUAAGCUGGUUCAGCCAAAAGGACUUUAACCAAUAAGCUGGUUCAGCCAAAAGGACUUGAACCAAUAAGCUGGUUCAGCCAAAAGAGGGAGUUGAACCAAUGAGCUGGUUCAGCCAAAAGGGGGACUUGAACCAAUAAGCUGGUUCAGCCAAAAGGACGAGAACCAAUAAGCUGGUUCAGCCAAAAGGACGAGAACCAAUAAGCUGGUUCAGCCAAAAGGACGAGAACCAAUAAGCUGGUUCAGCCAAAAGGACAAGAACCAAUAAGCUGGUUCAGCCAAAAGGACGAGAACCAAUAAGCUGGUUCAGCCAAAAGGACGAGAACCAAUAAGCUGGUUCAGCCAAAAGAGGGAGUUGAACUAAUAACCAGCUAAUGCACAGUGACUCCCUCUAAAUUCCUGAUUACUUUACUACUGAACUCUGAUGAAGAUGAUGAUGGUGGUGGUAAUGAUGAUGGUAGGGGUGAUGAUAAUGGUAAUGAUGCUGAUGAUAAUGAUGAUGGUAAUGAUGCUGACAAUGGUAAUGAUGAUGAUGAUGAUAAUGUUAAUGAUGGUGAUGGUAAUGAUGGUAAUGAUGACGGUGAUGGUAAUGAUGGUGGUGAUGGUAAUGAUGGUAAUGAUGGUGGUGAUGAUGAUGAUGAUGAUGAUGAUGAUGUGUUUACUGUGCUCUACAAGCAGGACUAGUAGGGACAUGCAUGAUGGUGAUGAUGAUGAUGGUAAUGAUGAUGAUGAUGAUGAUGAUGAUGAUGAUGAUGAUGAUGAUGAUGAUGAUGAUGAUGAUGAUGAUGAUGGGACAUGCAUGCUUAUCUCUGCACCACAUUUCUGUUCUGACCCAGUUGUUAUUGUCACUGAAGACUCCGGUCACUCAGUCAGCCUCACAGGGGGCCACUUCCCUAUUAACAUGAUGUAUAGGUCAAUAUUACACAUUGAUUUAUUAUAGAUACUGAUCACUUUUAUAUUAUCUACCAAGCUGUGUUAGCACUGGUGAUGCUACUAGCGCUUCAACGCACUGGAUUUAAUGUAUAUAUAUCACUAAGUGGAGAGAGAGACAGGAGAGAGAGGAGAGAGAGGAGAAAGAGGAGAGAGAGGAGAGAGACAGAGAGACAGAGAGAGGGUGUGUGUGUGUGUGUGUGUGUGUGUGUGUGUGUGUGUGUGUGUGUGUGUGUGUGUGUGUGUGUGUGUGUGUGUGUGUGUGUGUGUGUGUGUGUGUGUGUGUGUGUGUGUGUGUGUGUGUGUAGGGUUAGAUUGAGGAUAUGGUUCUUGUUGCACACAGAGGACUCAGCACAAGCAACCUCUACACAGACAUAGAUAUACACUACACUAGAUCAAUACAGCUGUUUUCUAUAACUCUAUCUCUAUUAAAACCAACACAAUAGUGCAAGGUUUUACAUGUGUUCUACUCUACUACAUACCAACGUCAUCUAACCUGUACAGAACUCUCUCUGGGGACAUGAAGUCCCUCUCUUCUCUGUCUGGCCUGGUGACAUCACGCGCUCUUCUCUGCCACCUGCUGGACACUCUACACACUGCUGCCAGACAGAAGAGAAGUGUGGCCCGUGUCUGAAAUCUGUCUUUCCCUACUACAUAAUGUAUACUAAUCAUACUACAUACUAUUUAGAAUGUAGUGUUUGGUAUAAAUAUAUUCAGUAAGCAGCAUGUCAACAUCCUACCCUCAUCCACACUGAGAAGGCUUCAUCUAAUCAGCAAUUGUGUUGGUUGAUAGUCAGUCCUCGGAUCUCAUCAACUGAUUAUGAAAAGACCAGUCUCUUCCUCAAUAUUCAGUGAAUUCUACUAGAUAAGGACCAGUCUCUUCCUCAAUAUUCAGUGAAUUCUACUAGAUGAAGACCAGUCUCUUCCUCAAUAUUCAGUGAAUUCUACUAGAUGAAGACCAGUCUCUUCCUCAAUAUUCAGUGAAUUCUACUAGAUGAAGACCAGUCUCUUCCUCAAUAUUCAGUGAAUUCUACUAGAUAAGGACCAGUCUCUUCCUCAGUAUUCAGUGAAUUCUACUAGAUAAAGACCAGUCUCUUCCUCAAUAGAGUUCAGUGAAUUCUACUAGAUAAGGACCAGUCUCUUCCUCAAUAGAGUUCAGUGAAUUCUACUAGAUAAGGACCAGUCUCUUCCUCAAUAUUCAGUGAAUUCUACUAGAUGAAGACCAGUCUCUUCCUCAAUAUUCAGUGAAUUCUACUAGAUGAAGACCAGUCUCUUCCUCAAUAUUCAGUGAAUUCUACUAGAUAAGGACCAGUCUCUUCCUCAGUAUUCAGUGAAUUCUACUAGAUGAAGACCAGUCUCUUCCUCAAUAUUCAGUGAAUUCUACUAGAUAAAGACCAGUCUCUUCCUCAAUAUUCAGUGAAUUCUACUAGAUAAGGACCAGUCUCUUCCUCAAUAUUCAGUGAAUUCUACUAGAUAAAGACCAGUCUCUUCCUCAAUAUUCAGUGAAUUCUACUAGAUGAAGACCAGUCUCUUCCUCAAUAUUCAGUGAAUUCUACUAGAUGAAGACUAGUCUCUUCCUCAAUAUUCAGUGAAUUCUACUAGAUGAAGACCAGUCUCUUCCUCAAUAGAGUUCAGUGAAUUCAACUAGAUGAAGACCAGUCUCUUCCUCAAUAUUCAGUGAAUUCUACUAGAUAAAGACCAGUCUCUUCCUCAAUAGAGUUCAGUGAAUUCAACUAGAUGAAGACCAGUCUCUUCCUCAAUAUUCAGUGAAUUCUACUAGAUAAGGACCAGUCUCUUCCUCAAUAGAGUUCAGUGAAUUCUAUUCAAUAAAGACUAGUCUCUUCCUCAAUAUUCAGUGAAUUCUACUAGAUAAGGACCAGUCUCUUCCUCAAUAGAGUUCAGUGAAUUCUACUAGAUAAAGACCAGUCUCUUCCUCAAUAUUCAGUGAAUUAUACUAGAUAAAGACCAGUCUCUUCCUCAAUAUUCAGUGAAUUCUACUAGAUAAGGACCAGUCUCUUCCUCAAUAUUCAGUGAAUUCUACUAGAUAAAGACCAGUCUCUUCCUCAAUAGAGUUCAGUGAAUUCUACUAGAUAAGGACCAGUCUCUUCCUCAAUAUACAGUGAAUUCUACUAGGUAAAGACCAGUCUCUUCCUCAAUAUUCAGUGAAUUCUACUAGAUAAGGACCAGUCUCUUCCUCAAUAGAGUUCAGUGAAUUCUACUAGAUAAAGACCAGUCUCUUCCUCAAUAGAGGAAGUGAAUUCUACUAGAUAAAGACCAGUCUCUUCCUCAAUUGAGGAAGUGAAUUCUAUUAAAUAAAGAACAGUCUCUUCCUCAAUAGAGUUCAGUGAAUUCUACUAGAUAAAGACCAGUCUCUUCCUCAAUAGAGUUCAGUGAAUUCUACUAGAUAAAGACCAGUCUCUUCCUCAAUAGAGUUCAGUGAAUUCUACUUGGUGAAAAGCCCAAAUGUGUAUAACAUUUAAAACUCUACAUUUUCACCCUUUUUAUUUCCAUACCCAUCUGCCUAAUGUUUAGAACGCCAGUAGGGAUAUUCGGACACGCCCCCCGACUGUCAUGUCCUCGUUUUCAGAGUUCUGUGUUCAGAUGAUCAGUACCUCACCUCUACAGGUGUGCGUUCUUUCUUUCUUCUAUCUAAACUGUUCCUGUGUGUUUAUAUAUAACAAGGUUAUAAUUAAGAGUCUCAAAGUGUUUUGGAACUGGACUGUGUGCCAUCUGACUGAUUUAUUUUUAGGGACUGUUUUUAAAUAAAGAUUGCCAUAAGCUUCUUCA